UGGAAAUGCCGACCACGCGGGCAUUAUUUGUUUGCAUUGUCGCUGGCGGGGGGGCGAGUUAAGCCAAGAGAUGGGCAGCCUCGAAGCGCGACUGCGAGCGAGAGGCGCCCCAAGGGCGACGGGGGCAACCCCACCGUCUACAACGUGGACAACGGCGUGCUCAACAACGGCUGCUUUGUGGACGCCCUCAACGUGGUGCCGCAUGUCUUCUUGCUCUUCAUCACCUUCCCUAUUCUCUUCAUCGGAUGGGGAAGUCAGAGUUCCAAAGUUCAUAUUCACCAUAGUACAUGGCUUCAUUUUCCUGGCCACAAUUUACGCUGGAUACUGACUUUCAUCCUUUUGUUUGUGCUGGUGUGUGAAAUUGCAGAGGGCAUAGUAUCUGAUGGGGUUUCAGAAUCCCGUCACUUACACCUGUACAUGCCGGCUGGAAUGGCGUUCUUGGCAGCCAUUACAUCUGUUGUUUAUUACCAUAACAUUGAAACAUCUAAUUUCCCGAAGUUAUUAAUCGCCUUGCUAUUCUACUGGACUUUAGCUUUUGUAACCAAAACUAUCAAAUUUGUAAAGUUCUGUGAUAAUGACGUUGGAUUUUCUCAGCUUCGAUUUUGCCUCACAGGACUCCUGGUUAUUCUAUAUGGAAUGCUUCUAGCUGUAGAAAUCAAUGUCAUCAGGGUGAGGAGAUAUGUUUUCUUCAAAACUCCUAAAGAAGUUAAACCUCCUGAAGAUCUCCAGGACCUUGGAGUUCGAUUCCUACAGCCAUUUGUGAAUCUGUUAUCCAAAGGAACGUACUGGUGGAUGAAUACAUUCAUCAAGACUGCGCAUAAAAAGCCAAUAGAUUUGAAAACCAUAGGCAAGCUUCCCUUUGCCAUGAGAGCUCUGACCAAUUACGUUCGCCUUAAUGAGGCUUUUGAAACACAAAAGGGCAAAAGGUCAUCUUUUCCACAAGGAUCUGGGUCAAUUUGGCGUGCUCUUUGCUGUGCUUUUGGGAGACCUUUACUUCUCAGUAGCACGUUUCGUAUUCUGGCUGAUUUACUUGGAUUUGCUGGUCCACUCUGCAUCUCUGGAAUUGUUCACAAUGUUGGAAAAGGAAAUAACACUAUUCGCCCACAGACCAGAAUUCUUGGUGUUUUCUUUAUUUCAUCUCAAGAGUUCCUGUCGAAUGCUUAUGUCUUGGCUGUGCUCUUAUUUUUUGCCCUUCUGUUGCAAAGGACAUUUCUCCAAGCAUCAUACUAUGUUGCUAUUGAAACGGGAAUCAACUUGAGAGGUGCAAUACAGACAAAAAUAUACAAUAAAAUUAUGCAGCUUUCAACGUCUAACAUGUCUAUGGGGGAGAUGACAGCAGGCCAGAUCUGUAACCUGGUUGCCAUCGAUACAAACCAGCUGAUGUGGUUUUUCUUCCUCUGCCCCAACCUGUGGGCUAUGCCAGUGCAGAUAAUUGUAGGAGUUCUUCUGCUCUACUACCUUCUUGGAAUCAGUGCCUUAAUUGGAGCAGCAGUAAUCAUAGUGCUUGCACCGGUUCAGUACUUUGUAGCAACGAAACUUUCACAGGCGCAGAGAAGCACACUGGAGUAUUCCAACGAGAGACUGAAGAAGACAAAUGAGAUGCUUCGAGGCAUUAAACUCCUUAAACUCUAUGCUUGGGAACACAUCUUUCACAGCAGUGUAGAGGAAACAAGACAAAAAGAAAUGACCAGCCUCAAGGCUUUUGCCCUCUAUACCUCCAUAUCCAUUUUUAUGAAUGCAGCAAUACCAAUUGCAGCAGUACUUAUAACAUUUGUGGUCCAUGCUCAUCUGACAAGAGAUGCUGACUUCUCCCCAUCUGUGGCCUUUGCCUCGAUCUCUCUAUUUCACAUUCUUGUGUCUCCCUUGUUUCUGCUCUCCAGUGUGGUCAGAUCUACAGUCAAAGCAUUAGUGAGUGUACAGAAACUGAGUGAAUUUUUGUCAAGUGAAGAAAUUGGAGAAGAGCAUGAUAAAUGUUCAGAGCUAAGAAGUGCGGAUAAUCACAGCAAAUACCAGGCAGUGCCACUCAAAGUCGUUAACCGCAAGAGGCCUGCCCGGGAGGACUGGAACAAUUACAGCUCUCACAUGAGGAGACCCAUUACCAUCACAGAAGCUGAUGAUUUUUGUGUAAAGAUCACAAAUGGAUUUUUCACUUGGACACCUGAAGGUCCUCCAGCAUUGUCCAACAUAGAUAUUCGAAUCCCUCAAGGCCAGCUAACCAUGAUUGUAGGACAGGUCGGCUGCGGUAAGUCAUCUCUCUUGCUAGCCACACUUGGUGAGAUGCAGAAGAUCUCUGGCAACAUAUUCUGGAGCAGCAGUCCUCCUGACAGCGAGACGGGGGAGGAUGGCAGCCCAGAGAGAGAAUCUUCUGUGGACAUGGAAUUCAGGAAAAGAGGAUCAGUAGCAUAUGCUUCACAGAAGCCUUGGUUGCUCAAUGCCACAGUGGAAGAGAAUAUCACAUUUGAAAGCCCUUUUAAUAAACAGAGGUACAAAGCAGUAAUUGAUGCUUGUUCCCUCCAGCCUGAUAUUGACAUUCUCCCUCAUGGAGACCAAACCCAGAUUGGAGAGAGGGGUAUUAAUCUGUCUGGAGGGCAGCGGCAGCGCAUCAGUGUGGCGAGAGCACUUUACCAGCAGACAAAUGUUGUGUUCCUGGAUGAUCCAUUUUCUGCCUUGGAUAUCCACCUAAGUGACCAUCUCAUGGAAGAAGGGAUCCUGAAAAUGCUACGGGAAGACAAACGAACCAUCGUGCUGGUAACCCACAAGCUGCAAUACCUGCCCCAUGCUGACUGGAUAAUUGCAAUGAAAGAUGGCUACAUCCAAAGAGAAGGAACACUCAAGGACAUUCAGAAAUCAGAGACUGAGCUCUUUGAACACUGGAAAACACUAAUGAAUCGACAGGACCAAGAACUGGAGAAGGAAACUAUAAUUGAAAGGAAAAGUGUUCUGGAAAGAACAAAUCUCCGGAGGACUAUGUACUCCCGUGAGGCUCUGCUGAAAGAUGACGAUGAUGAUGAAGAAGAAGCAACAGAAAGCGAUGACGAGGACAACCUCUCGUCGGUGCUGCAUCAGAGAGCCAAGAUGCCCUGGAGACACACGGUGAUGGUGGCCAUAGACUACUGCCUGGCGCGCUGGACCUCUGAAGCCAUCGUGGUGAAGACGGAGCUAGGGAUGAGGAACUGCUCCAUGUGCGAGGAUUUCAAUCAUUCUCCAUAUUCAAAAGUUUUCAGCAUUCUCUGCUGUCUUGGAAUUGUAUUAUGUCUUGUCACAUCAAUAGCCGUGGAGUGGACUGGCUUAAAAGUCACCAAGAAGCUGCACUCUUCUUUACUGAAUAAGAUUAUUUUGGCACCAAUGAGAUUUUUUGAAACUACACCUCUGGGUAGUAUAUUGAACAGAUUUUCAGCUGACUGCAACACGAUCGACCAGGUACUGAAUAAAUACAUUGAAGCUCCAACGAUAUCGGACCUGCAGCAGCUGGAUGACAGUACUCAGCUGCCAUUACUUUCCCAUUUUUCAGAGACUGUUGAAGGCUUAACGACCAUCCGAGCUUUCAGGUAUGAAGCUAAAUUUCGACAAAAGCUUCUCGAAUACACAGAUUCCAACAAUAUUGCUUCCCUUUUUCUUACAGCUGCCAAUCGCUGGCUGGAAGUCCGCAUGGAGUACAUUGGAGCAUGUGUGGUACUCAUAGCUGCUGUCACUUCUAUUACCAGUUGCCUGUAUAAUAAACUCUCCUCAGGACUUGUAGGCUUGGGACUAGCCUAUGCUCUUAUGGUGUCUAAUUAUCUGAACUGGAUGGUUCGUAACCUGGCUGACAUGGAGAUCCAGCUGGGUGCAGUGAAAAGAAUCAAUGGCCUUCUGAAAACAGAAGCUGAAAAUUAUGAAGGGCUCCUUUCUCCCUCACAGAUUCCCCAGAACUGGCCAGACAGAGGUGAGAUCCAAAUCCAGAAUCUCAGUGUCCGUUAUGACAGCAACUUAAAGCCAGUCCUGAAGCAUGUCAAUGCCCACAUCUCUCCAGGACAAAAGAUUGGGAUCUGCGGUCGAACAGGCAGUGGCAAAUCCUCCUUCUCUCUUGCGUUUUUCAGAAUGGUUGACACUUUUGAGGGAAGGAUUAUCAUUGAUGGCAUUGAUAUCGCUAAGCUCCCAUUACAGACAUUGAGAUCCAGGCUGUCAAUCAUUCUCCAAGAUCCGAUCUUGUUCAGCGGCACAAUCCGGUUUAACCUGGACCCUGAGAAGAAGUGCACUGACAGCAUGCUGUGGGAAGCACUGGAAAUAGCCCAGCUCAAGCAUGUGGUGAAAGCACUACCUGGGGGGCUCGAUGCUAUAGUCACAGAGGGUGGUGAAAACUUUAGCCAAGGCCAAAGACAGCUGUUCUGCCUGGCGAGGGCGUUUGUGCGCAAGACAAGCAUCUUCAUCAUGGAUGAAGCCACAGCAUCUAUUGACAUGGCCACGGAGAACAUACUCCAGAAGGUAGUUAUGACUGCGUUUGCUGAUCGCACUGUAGUAACAAUCGCGCACCGUGUGCACACAAUCCUGAAUUCAGAUUUGGUCAUUGUAAUGAAGAGAGGACUUAUUUUGGAAUAUGACAAGCCUGAGGUUUUGCUAGAGCAAGAAGAUAGCGUCUUUGCUUCUUUUGUGCAGGCAGAUAAGUAAUAAAAACAUAUGAAGCAUUUUAAAAGUACAGUUGUAUU